AGAGAGGUGAGCUUUCAUAUAUUUGUCAGAAUUUUGCCCUAAACCAGCAAAUAGUGCCACCUAUGGGUUUUUGGACAUAACAGUCAGCUGGAAAGAGCUGGAAAGUCAGCUGCAUUUUUACAGAAAAAUACUUUAACAACCUACACAAUCUAUGAGAACAAACAUUUAUUCUCGAUUACUUGUAGAUAACUAAGGAAAUGAACCAAAGCAGUUGUGACUGAUAGACAAUUAUAGUGUAAAAGCAUUGUUGGGGUUGAAAUAUAUUUUGACAAGACACAAAUCCAAAUGCAAAUCCAAAUUCAAAUUAUUUUGUUUUGUUUUGUCUUGUUUUGGGGGACAGGACUGCAAGUCAAAGGACAAUAAACACUCCACACCUCAGGUCUGUGUUGCUUAGCAACAAUGUUAAACAGGACAUAGCUUCUUUUGCCCUCUUUGACAUGCUUGAGUGAAGAGGCUGUUUCAGUUUGUCUAAAGAUUCUCCACUCACUUAAUUAGCUGGAUUCAUGAAGCUGGUAUAGAACAUGUGAUAUUAACAUAUCUAAGUAUUUCUCCUUUGAAAUAUGUGCUUUGGAACAGGUCUGAACAAAAGAAGGAAACGAACAGCUGGCUUACUCUGGUAAAAACAAGGAUUAACCCCAGGGACCAUACCAGUUCUUGUGAAAUAAAAUUUACACCCAACACCGUAUAAAGCUGCACUAUGGCUAAGGAGAAGAAGAGGGGAACCAAGGGCAAAAAGAUCACCCUUAAAAUGGCCAGGAAUGCCUUCAAGGUGACGCCCGAUGGAAAGCGGCGGCUGGAUCUCAGCAACAUGGGCCUCCACACUUUUCCCAAAUGCAUCUUACAACUGACCAAUAUAGAGGAGCUGGACCUGAGCCGCAAUUAUCUGAGGAAGAUCCCAGACUUCAUCGGGCAGCUAACCAGCGUUCACUGGCUAGACCUCCACAGCAACUACAUCAAGAAGCUGCCCAAGACCAUUGGGCAGUUGAAGGCCCUGAGCUACCUCAACCUGUGCAACAACAGACUGGAAACAGCCGGGCUCCCUGCUGACAUUGGCAACCUGAAGAGCCUGCGGACACUCAACCUGGGCAUGAACCGGCUCACGGCGCUGCCACCCACCAUGGCCGCUCUGACCAACCUGAGAGAGCUAGGCCUGUUCGACAACCUGCUCACCACGCUCCCAGAAUUCAUAGGUGUGCUGAAGAACCUGACCAACCUCAACACCAAGCGCAACCCUGUGGCCUGUUCUCAGGAGGAUGCCAAAGAAGUGAAAGCCACUGAGUGUCUGUACUUGGUGAGGGAGGAGGAUCUGUGUAAGGUUUGUCUGGAAAAAUGUAAGGAAGCGAGAGAGAGGCUGGAAAAGAAAAGGCUUUCUGAUCAACCACACAAGAGGCAUAAUUUCUUUGGGCUAUUCAGACCAAACUCAGUGGCACGGAGCAAUCAAGAGAUGCAGUGGUAGUCAACUGCCACACCUCAUGGUGGUUAGAAGAGGCAUGCCCAAGAAAUAUCAUUCUUGUGGACUUUUCAAUAAUGCAGAUGAUAAGCAUUCUUUGCUGUAACUUUAAACAUUCAUUAUUGCAUUUUUCUGGACCGAAAUUGAGCAAAACCCUAAUAAAAAAACCCCACAAGCAAUAGCACUGCACUAAAGGAGUACAUUUGACUGCUUUAUAACAGUUGAUAGCAAUAGUCAAAAUAAAUGUUUUUAAAGGAACAAAGGAGGGCUUGCCACUCCCUUGCAGGUGCAUUAGUAAGAAAUAGAAAGAAUUAGUAAGAAAUAGAAGAAGUAAGCGUAAAUGCAGGGGGUACUGGGGUGCUUUAGCUUACUGGAUUGGCUAAUCAAGAUUAUUUUUGUCACAUAUCUACAUAUAUUGAGAACCUUUCUCAGAGGCUUUUAGACUGUAGUCAUCCAUUCCAGUCUACCUUUAGUUGUCGUGUGCAGUGGCUCUGAGAGGACAGCCCUGGA